CGGUUCCAUCCCCACACCCAGCCGACAGCACUCGCGCCUAUCAGAGCCUGCAGGCAGCCGCCAUGCAGUGCGCAUCCGGUAACAGCAUGAUGAUGGGGAAUGCGCCACUCAGGGGCGCCACCGGGCGCCAGCAGGCCCCUGCCAGAAGCUCACCUGCUGCCCGGCUGCGGCCCCAAGCGCUGCCCCUGGGUCGCCUAGCAGCAGCCAGACCGCAGCAGCAGGGCAGGGCGUGGCGGUGCCGCGCGGAGCAGCAGCAGGAGGCCCAGCAGGCGAGCGGCAGCGGCGAGGCGCAGCCUGGCGCGCCGCCGCCGCCGCCGGCCGCAGCGGAGCAGCAGCUGGUGGGCGAGGACGCUGCUGUGUUCAACGUAGAGGACCAGAGCCUGCGCAGCUGGGCGCUGUUUGCCGUGCUGCUGACCGGCGUGUCGGCGCUGCUGUAUCCGGUCUGGGUGGCGCCUGGCCUGGGCCUGGGCGACGACUUCAUCGCCGCCCUCUCCUCCCUCUCCUCCGACUCAUCCGUCGUCAUGCUGGCCAUCCUGCUCGUCUUUGCCAUCGCACACUCCGGCCUGGCCUUCCUGCGCCCCUACGGCGAGGAGCUGGUGGGCGCGCGCGCCUACCGCGUCAUGUUUGCGCUGGUGUCGCUGCCGCUGGCGGUGGCGGCCGUGGUGUACUUCAUUGACCACCGCUACGACGGCGUGCCGCUGUGGAAUGUCAGGGGCGUGACUGGGGUGCAUGAGCUGGUGUGGGGCCUCUCCUUCCUUUCUUUCUACUUCCUCUACCCAUCCACCUUCAACAUUCUGGAGGUGGCGGCCGUGGACGAGCCCAAGCUUCACAUGUGGGAGACAGGUAUCAUGCGCAUCACCCGCCACCCGCAGAUGGUGGGCCAGGCAAUCUGGUGCCUGGCGCACACGCUGUGGAUCGGCAGCAGCUUCAUGGUGGUCACCUCUCUGGGCCUCAUGGCCCACCACCUGUUCGGCUGCUGGCACGGCGACUACCGCCUGCGCCGCAAGUACGGGGAGGCGUUCGAGGCGGUCAAGGCCCGCACCUCCACGCUGCCCUUUGCCGCCAUCCUGGACGGGCGCCAGCAGCUGCCGCACGACUACUACAAGGAGUUCAUCCGCGGUCCCUACCUGUUCCUGGCCCCCUUCUGCGUCGGCGCCUACCUGUGCCACCCGCUCAUGCAGCGCGCCGCCUACUUCCUGGGGUGGUGAGGAGGCCUGGCAUGGGGUGGAGGGCUGGAGCGAGCUGGCGUGGCCCACGCCCGACGGCCUCCCGUCGUUGCAUGACCCGCCUGUGGCAGUCAAAGUGAUACACAGCUUGUUUUGCAUGUAGUGAGGUGGCUGUGUGAGCAGAAGCGC